UUCGGAUCGUUUGUUCCUUCGUUCCUGGGGCCGGUGUUUGGAGCUGAGGGAGCCAAGCAGAGCCGAGCGUCGGAAUCAGGUCUCCGAGUCCGCACCAGGUUAUGUGCCUCCAUGAAUACGAGGAAACGACACGGCUCUAGAAACACCGAGCAAGGCGUUUACCUGGGGCCUUCCCAGACGCAAGUUCUGCCCCCGCUCACCACUGCCCCAGCUGCAGCUGCAGCAGCACCGCCUCCGCUCCAGCUGGACACCAUGUCGUGUCAAGAUCGCACCCAGGAGUUCCUCUCCGCCUGCAAGUCCUUGCAAAGCAGACAGAAUGGGCUUCAGCUGAACAAACCAAUGUUGAACGCUGUACGGCAAAGAAGCGAAUUCACUCUCAUGGCCAAGCGCAUUGGGAAGGACCUCAGCAACACAUUUGCCAAGCUGGAGAAAUUAACAAUCCUGGCCAAGCGGAAAUCCCUGUUCGAUGACAAGGCGGUAGAGAUCGAGGAGCUGACCUAUAUCGUCAAACAGGACAUCAACAGCCUGAACAAGCAAAUCGCACAGCUGCAGGAGUUUGUGAAGGCCAAAGGCAGCCAGAGCGGGCGUCACGUGCAGACCCACUCGAACACCGUGGUGGUGUCGCUGCAGUCCAAGCUAGCCUCCAUGUCCAACGAUUUCAAGUCUGUCCUGGAGGUGCGAACAGAGAAUCUCAAACAGCAGAAGACUCGUCGGGAACAGUUUUCCCGCGCACCAGUGUCCGCCAUGCCCCUCUCCACAAACAAUCUAGGUGGAGCCGCUGUGCUUCAGGAUGACCCCCGGCGCUCGGGGGACGUGGCUAUCAACAUGGACAACCAGAUGAGCCAGCAGUUGCAGCUCAUUAACGAACAGGAUUCCUACAUUCAGAGCCGGGCAGAUACCAUGCAGAACAUCGAAUCCACUAUUGUCGAGCUGGGCUCCAUAUUUCAGCAGCUGGCACACAUGGUCAAAGAGCAGGAGGAGACUAUCCAGAGAAUCGAUGCCAACGUGGAAGACGCUCAGCUGAACGUCGAUGCCGCGCACACAGAGAUCCUGAAGUACUUCCAGUCUGUCACCUCCAACCGCUGGCUCAUGGUGAAGAUCUUCCUCAUCCUCAUAGUCUUCUUCAUCAUCUUCGUGGUGUUCCUGGCCUGAUGGCGAAGGCGGCUCGGUCACCUCUCCCUCCCUCGACCUCCUCCUCCAGAGCCGCGUUGGGACACUGGACUCUCCUGCUCGAUCUUCUGGCAGCCAGCAGGGAGCAGCAGAGGUGCCCACCGUGUGUCUGGCUCUGAAGGGGCUGGUGGUGGCCAUCCUCACUACUCGUGACUUUUGGCCCGGAGCGAGGGCCACUCUGAUUUGGAGUGCAAUAGCAUUUGGACUAUGCUGUGAAGGGCUUUGCCUCAACCUCUCCCCCUCCUCCCCGCGAUGGGACAUGACCUGGCAGGGGUGUGUAGAGGGACCAGCAUCUUGUUUCCCUUUCCUUUAUACUAUCUGCUUGCCCUUAAUACCCGGGACUCAAGCGUUAACCAAUCGACACACACCCCUCCUCCUUGUUGGUACGGACCUUCAAGCCCACGCGACAUCCAGCCCGUCUUCUCACUGUAUGUAGAAGGAGGAAGCAAGCUGCCCCUGGGCUGUGCCUUUUGCACAGGGCCUGUGCGUAUUAAGUUUUCCCCUCUUCAGCAUAUUUAAGUAUUUCUUGCUGCUGUAAGAUGGGGGGGGAGGCUCCUCCAUGGAAGCAAAAUUUGGCGAGUACAGGCCAAAAACAGCUGUCUGGAAUAGAUUUGGCUCUUUGCAGAAUGGAACCAGGAUUGUCCUCUUCCCCUACCUUUGCAUAAUUCUCUUAGAAAGAGAAGUUUUCUUUAUCCUUGAUAUGGAUGUGUUGGCCAGAGUGCCAUCUCUGUGCCCAAACUCACCUGCCUGGGGGUGGGAGAGCAGCAGGGCUUGGCUCCUUUGAAUCCCUGCCUUCCUUCACGAUGCUUAGGGAAGGCACCCGGAUCUCGUGUCGAUACUGGGCUCUUUAAAGAUGCUCUGCUACUUUCUAGUAAACAGAUUUACCCAGUAGUGCCUCCCUCUUGCAAUGAAGCAGUUCAGGCCUUUGCUGUGAACCCUCAUUCUUUUCUCCACCCCCCCUCAAAAAAAAAUAUAGAAAAUUUUCUCAGCUGCCCCAACCUAACUUUUCUAACCAGUUUAAUCUAUGGAUAUAACCCUCCCUUCUCCUUUUAAUAGCCUCUGCUGAGGUCAUUUCACUCCUCCUCUCCUGACCUGGUUAUGGAGGUUGAGCCGACAUAGAUUCAAAGUGAAGGGUUGUCCCAUCGUCACCCCCCCACUGCCUCCUUUUCUGGCCAGUCUGCGUCUGCUCCCCUCCUCCAGUUGCAAUGGCCUUAACAUUCCGUUGUCAGCGUUCUUUUCUAGGCCGCCGGGGCACGCUCUCCUCUCAUGCACUGGCAUGGUUAAUCUGUCUACUUAGCAGAGAGGUGAAGGGGCGGGGUAGUGGUUGUGAAACCUGAUCCUCAGUCCGGAGAAGAACA